AUGCACCCACGGGUGGCAAAGCUGUACUUGGAAUUUAUGAUUCUUGCGCCUGCAUUAACUUCUGUAGAUGGCGUUAAACACGUAGGAACUAAAACAGAAGAAGCCGUAAGAAAAAAACGGAUGGGACUUGCUUAUUCACUGAGCAGCACUUCUGCAUAUCGUGCCAUGAUACAAGAAGGUUUUAUGGCAGAGCCGCAUGUAACUCCAGGAACACCAGAGUUUGCACGUCGUCUUGCACGUGGUCGAUGGGCACUUCGUCAAUUGAAAGACUUGAUUACUGUACGAAAAUAUCGCGCUAUGCAGAAACGCUAUAGUUGGUCAAGUCAUAAGAGUCCAGAUGAACUAGUUGAAAUAUUUGGUGAAAACAAGGCUCAGGAGAUAAUGAUUGGCUUUGGUAACAAGGAUGUAUUUGGAUACAAUGAAGUUCUUCAUUAUGACUGUGAUUCUCCAUCGCAAUCCAAAAAAGAAUAA